AUUGUGGAGCGCAAGAAUGUUCAGAAUCAAUACUUAUUGCUUUGUUCUAGUUAUUCUUUUUCUUCCUCCGGUGUUCAUCACUGUUAGCCAACAACAUAUGUUUGGGAAGAGAACUUUUUUAACGUCGUUGGGUUCAAAUGAGAACUGUGUGGUCUCCAGCUCUGGAUUUAAGGGUAAUACGUCUGCUGUGUUGAGAGAGAUUUAUUAAUCCGCGCCUUGUCACUCAGCUGCUGCUUCUUUGCAUCUCGCGGUGUUGAGUUUGUACUUCAUGCGGUUAUAGUACAAUUUCUCGACUUUAUUGUGUAGUCUGUAGCUUGUGCUAUUGGGAAGAUGGUGCCCUCGGGGCCUCCGACUCCUGUCGGUGGUGCCCAAUCCGUCCCACCUUCAUUCCUGCGAUCAAACUCUGGCAUUCUGGGAGUUCAAGGUGGUGCACCGACGGGUUUCCCGUCACUUGUCUCUCCACGUUCUCAGUAUAAUAGCAUGAACAUGCUUAAUAACAUGCCCAAUGUUUCCUCUCUUCUCAAUCAAUCCUUUGGGAACGGUGGGUCAAACCCUGGGCUUUCUGGUUCAGGAAGUAUUCAACGUGGAGGCAUUGAAACUGGCGCCGAGUCUGAUCCACUUUCUGGUGCCGGUAAUGGAAUAAACUUCACUCCUUCACCUGUCUCGUUUGCACCAUCUAACGCUGCGAACGUUGGUUCAACUGGUCAAGGUCAGGGGCAGCAAUUCUCAAACCCAUCUGGGAACCAGCUGGCCCCUGAGCAGCAGUCAUCUCAACAACUUGAGCAGCAAAACUUCCAGCAUGGCCAGCAGUCGUUGCAGCAGUUUUCUGUUCCUCACAGCCAGCAGCAGCAGCAGCAGCAACAACAGCAACAGCAAUUUCAGCCGAUUCGGGGUGGAUUAGGCGGCGUUGGCCCUGUUAAAUUGGAGCCUCAGAUGACUAAUGAUCAAAAUGGGCAGCAGCAACAGUUGCAAUCCUUGCGGAAUCUCGGUUCAGUGAAAUUGGAGCCUCCACAAAUCCAGACUUUGAGAAGUCUAGGGUCUGUUAAACUAGAACCACAACAUUCAGAUCAGUCAUUGUUUCUUCAGCAACAACAGCAGCAACAACAAUUCCUCCAAAUGUCUAGGCAGUCUUCUCAGGCAGCUGCUGCUCAGAUGAAUCUUUUGCAACAGCAGCGCAUCCUGCAGCUACAACAGCAGCAGCAGCAACAACAACAGCAGCAACAGCAACUCUUAAAGGCACUUCCUCAGCAGCGUUCUCAGCUACAGCAGCAGUUUCAACAGCAGAAUUUGCCUGUGAGAUCUCCAGUUAAAUCUGCCUAUGAACCUGGGAUGUGUGCUCGGCGUUUGACACAUUAUAUGUAUCACCAACAACAUAGGCCUGCUGACAACAAUAUUGAGUUCUGGAGGAAAUUUGUUACCGAGUACUUUGCUCCCAAUGCCAAGAAGAGGUGGUGUGUCUCUCUAUAUGGAAGUGGUCGGCAAACAACUGGUGUUUUCCCCCAGGAUGUAUGGCACUGUGAAAUAUGCAAUCGCAAGCCUGGACGGGGUUUUGAAACUACGGUUGAAGUUUUGCCAAGGCUGUGCAAAAUAAAGUAUGAUAGUGGUACUCUGGAAGAACUUCUUUAUGUUGAUAUGCCUCGCGAAUAUCAGAAUGCAACAGGGCAAAUAGUCCUUGACUAUGCAAAAGCAAUACAAGAAAGCGUAUUUGAGCAACUGCGUGUAGUUCGUGAUGGUCAGCUACGAAUUGUUUUCUCACCUGAUCUGAAGAUUUGUUCUUGGGAGUUUUGUGCUCGGCGUCAUGAGGAGCUCAUUCCUCGAAGAUUGAUCAUACCUCAGAUUAGUCAGCUCGGAGCAGCAGCUCAGAAAUACCAGGCUGCUACCCAAAAUGGAUCAUCCAGUCUUUCUGCUCAGGAAUUACAAAAUAACUGUAAUAUGUUUGUGGCAUCUGCUCGGCAAUUGGCAAAAGCUUUGGAAGUGCCUUUAGUAAAUGAUCUAGGAUAUACAAAGAGAUAUGUGCGAUGUCUUCAGAUAUCGGAAGUCGUUAACAGCAUGAAAGAUUUAAUUGAUUAUAGCAGAGAAACAGGGACUGGACCUAUGGCGAGUUUGAUCAACUUCCCUAGGAGGACCAGCACUUCAUCUGGGCUUCACUGUCAAGGUCAACAACCUGAUGAGCAGCAGCAGCAGCUGCAACAAACUGUUGUGCAAAACUCAAACAAUGAUCAGAGCUCUGUACAGGCCACUGGUGUGCAGCUCACUGCUAACAAUGGUGUCGUCAGUGUAAAUAACUCCCUCAACUCAGCAUCCACUUCCACAUCUGCAAGCACCAUUAUUGGGCUGCUCCACCAGAACUCCAUGAAUUCAAGGCAGGAAAACCCAAUGACAAAUGUUAACAGUCCAUAUGGUGGGAAUACGGUUCAGAUUCCAUCUACUGGCUCCUCAAGUUCAAUACCACAGGCUCAAACGAAUCCAUCAUCCCCAUUUCCAUCGCCAACACCUUCAUCUAACAAUCCUCUAAAUUCUCAUAGUGCCUUACCAGCAACAGCACACACAGCGAACCAGAUGAGUACUGCAAAUUCACCCGCCACUAUUGCAAUGCAACAGCCAACUCAUACUACUGAGGCUGAUCCCAAUGAUUCCCAGAGCUCUGUCCAGCAGAUCAUACAAGAAAUGAUGAUGUCUCCUCAGCUGAAUGGUGGGGGUAGUAUGGGUGGUGUUGGUUCCUUGGGAAACGAUAUAAAAAACAUUAACGGAAUGACACAGAUAGGGAGUAACACAGCACUCAAUGGAGGGAACUGCUUGGUUGGAAAUGGGAUUGGCAACAGUUCAGGCAUUGGCGGUAUGGGAUAUGGUAACAUGGGUGUUGGAAUUGGUCCAUCUGCCACGGCUAGUGGUAUCAGAGUUGCGAUGGGAAACAACUCCAUGACAUUGAAUGGGCGGGUUGGCAUGCCAUCAAUGCCUCAGGACCCUGGGAUGAACCACCACCAAGAUUUGGGGAACCGGCUGUUAAGUGGGCUUGGUGCAGUCAACAGCUUCAAUAAUCUCCAAUUUGAUUGGAAAUCAUCUCCAUAGUGAGGAUUUUUGAUGAUGUGUGUUCAUAACGAUGCUGCCGGAGCUGUCAGACCUUCUGAUACAUCCGGACUGCUUGUGUCAUCAUAUGGUAGUCCAGCAUACCACAGCUUCCACUUCUGUACUUUUCAGGAAAGGAAAACAGUGUCCAUUGAAACGUUGUAAUCCGCAUCAGCUUGGCGUUUUUUUCCUUCCCCCUCCACCCCCUCCCUCUCUCUUGGGUCACUCCUACAUGUGAGGAGGGUCACUGCUGGGAAAUCCGUGUACUUUAUGAUUGCAUAUAGAAGGUUAUCACUACUAACACCCCAAAAAAUGGGGAUUCAUGGAGGUCUCAUUCUUUGGGAUGUGCAUGUGUGUCUACUCUAAUUUUCAUACUACACCAUUCUGCAACGGUUUUUUGUACCCUCAAAAA